CUCACCAACCCCCACACAAACUAGUCCCCACACCUCAUAUACAUCUCAAGGUCCUCCAUCUAUAAUUCUAUAUAAAGUCUAAUUGUGUUCAUGCAAUAUUCAAAAACACAUACACCAUGAAGAUUACUUUCUUAUUUUUCUUGAUUCUGAGUUUCUUGUUCUUGGUGGUGGCUUUGGCUGGAAAUUUCAACCAAGAUUUUGAUAUUACAUGGGGUGAUGGCCGCGCUAAAAUACUCGAAAAUGGACAACUUAUGACCCUUUCCCUCGAUAAAGCCUCUGGCUCUGGUUUUCGAUCCAAAAAUCAGUAUUUGUUUGGAAAGAUCGAUUUGAAAAUCAAACUUGUGCCUGGUAACUCUGCUGGUACUGUUACAACAUAUUAUCUAUCUUCAAUAGGAUCAAGUCAUGAUGAGAUUGACUUUGAGUUUCUUGGGAAUUUGAGUGGUGACCCAUAUAUUCUUCAUACAAAUGUAUUCACACAAGGAAAAGGAGAUAGAGAGCAACAAUUUUAUCUUUGGUUUGACCCCACUAAGGACUUUCAUACAUAUUCUAUUCUUUGGAAUCCUCAAAGCAUCAUAUUUUCAGUAGAUGGGACACCAAUUAGGCAAUUCAAGAAUAUGGAAUCAAGUGGUAUCCCCUAUCCAAAGUCACAACCAAUGUGGAUAUACUCAAGUUUAUGGAAUGCAGAUGAUUGGGCUACAAGAGGUGGACUUGUCAAAACUGAUUGGACUAAAGCCCCAUUUAUUGCUUCAUAUACAAAUUUCAAUGCACAAGCUUGUGUAUGGUCUUCAACUUCAACUGCUUCUUCUUGCAAUUCCACUACACAAAAUUCUUGGCUAAGUGAAAACUUGGACAUAACAGGCCAAUCAAGGAUUAAAUGGGUGCAAAAUAAUUACAUGAUUUAUAAUUAUUGUAAUGAUAUUAAACGUUUUCCUCAAGGGUUUCCUCGUGAGUGUUCUCUCAAUUAGUGCAAGUAAAUUAAGUUAAUUAUUGCAUUGUAAUUAAAAUAUGUAGUACUUUGUAAUAUUCCUCCUUAGGAUUAGUAGAAUUGUUUGUUUUGAUUUGAGGAAUAAGAUGGAGAAAUUCCAUUUGUACCUGUUGUAACUAUUUGUUAAUUUUUAUAUUAUAAGGGGUCGUUUGGUUACUAGAUAAGGGUUGAGUUAUUCAGGUAUAAAAUGUUGCAUAAGUUUUACCAUGUUUAA